GUGAAGAUAAGGGUACCGCCAUCAAUCUCAAGGCCACAUUUUUCACAUAAACUUGUUUUUUCCAUAUUCUAUUAUUAUUAUUUAUGGUAAUUUAAAUUCACCAUUAUUUAUCUUAUCUUCAUAAUAAAACCAAACUGUAUGCUCUGCUUCUGGCCCUACGGUAAUCCGGAGAAGACGUUUUUCCAUCUCUAAUUUUACAAUCCUUAUCCGGAAAAUCUUUCUUUGUGUUUUCCUGCUCUGUUGCAUUUUUCUGAACCUACCCAUAUCUCUUGUUUCUUUCUUCUUUUAUUUUUCUAUAUUGUUCUGCCUUUCUGUUGUUAGGGUUAUCUUCUUUUUUCUUAUCCCUUUCAAACCCUACCUCGAACAAGAAUCGCUGUGCUUCACGCCUACUACUUCUAUUCAGUCGAGGUUUUUCUGGGUGGGUUCUAUUCCGAUUUGUGUAUAUUCCUUAUCUUUAAGUUAUUUAAAUUUAGUAAUUAAAUAACAUGGGUUUGGCGUCAGUUUUAUGGGAGAUUUUUAACAAACCUACCGCGGGUGAUGUUGUAAGAGAGUUGUUUAUGUUGAUUGCACCUUUGUGGAUUGCUGUGAUUGUUGGGGUUUUGGUUGGUUGGGCAUGGAAGCCCAAAUGGGUCAAUUUAGAUUAUAGAGAUUUGGUGGAUGCUUCACUUUCCAAGGUUGCGAAUUCAUCUUCUAUUGGUUUUGCUUCCAUUCCCAGUCUCGACUUUUUGAAGUUUCAGUUGCCCACUUGCAUAUCCGGUGUUUCUGAUGAUGGGCUGAAAUCAGACGCCUUCAAUGACCAACCUACCAUCAAUUCUGAUUGCAGUUUGCCGCAGAGACAAAACUUAGCGCUGGUGACGGAGGAUGAUUUAGAGCAUUUAUGUAGGCUUGUUGAGAUAAAAGAUGGAGGUCCAUCUUGGAUACACAUGAUGGAUCGUUCUACACAGAAUAUGCGAUAUCAAGCUUGGCGGAGAGAUCCUGAGACUGGCCCUCCACAAUAUCGAAGCAGUACCAUCUUUGAGGAUGCCACUCCUGAGAUGGUGAGGGAUUUCUUUUGGGAUGAUGAAUUUCGGUUAAAGUGGGAUGACAUGCUUACACAUGCCUCUACUUUGGAGGAGUGCCCCACCACUGGAACAAUGGUAGUCCAAUGGGUGCGCAAGUUUCCCUUCUUUUGCAGUGACAGAGAAUACAUUAUAGGCCGUCGAAUUUGGGAGUCUGGACGAUCUUACUACUGUGUAACAAAGGGAGUACCCUUCUCCUCUGUGCCAAGACGUAAUAAACCCAGACGUGUGGAUUUGUUCUAUUCAAGUUGGUGCAUUCGUGCAGUUGAAUCAAGGAGAGGGGAUGGCCAGCUGACUGCAUGUGAGAUCUUACUAUUCCAUCAUGAAGACAUGGGUAUCCCCUGGGAAAUUGCAAAGCUUGGCGUCCGACAGGGUAUGUGGGGAGCUGUCAAGAAGUUUGACCCUGCCUUCCAGGCAUAUCUAAAGGAAAGAGCAUCCACAGCCUCACCCUCACGUUAUGCCUUCAUGGCCCAGAUCAACACCAAAGUCAGUGCAGACUACCUAACAUCCUUAGAGAGUUCCACUAGCAAUUCAACCGAUAGUGAAAUAUUAGAUUCAUCUAAGAAACCUGUGGGAAGGAACAUACCUAAGCUUGUAGUUGUUGGUGGGGCAAUUGUCCUCGCUUGUAGUCUUGAUCGAGGACUCUUGACUAAGGCAGUCAUAUUUGGAGUAGCCAGAAGGUUCGCUAAAAUCGGAAAGAGGUUGUGAAUCACAGAACUUUUAUGCAUAAUUAUAGGAUGCCACCCAAGCUGGUGCUGUGGAACGGUGAGAAAUUGCAAAGAUGAUUUUCCUCGCUCAUCUUCUGUGCAGUAGAAAAGUGUAUUCUUUUUUUUUAUGCUUGACCUGCAAAGCUGCUUCAGAUUAUAAAAGGACUAAAAGAUCUUACAGUGUAUUCUUUACAAAUGGCUUUGUCAUUUGCAGGAUCUUAUCCUGCAGUAGUAACAAGCAUAUUCAUGUUUCUUUA